AUGUCCUCACCAAGGUUCUACUCAUGUGUCCUAUGUUCGUCUAGACCAAAGGUCCGAAAUAGACGACCACUAACUGGAUCCAAAUAUAAAGGACUUCGGAAAUUUCUCCAACAACGUUUCCUAAUAGAAUCCUCCAAGAUAUUUGCUACUGGGAGUGUCAUCUGUAAUAAAUGUCGACUCCGCUGUUCCCGAGAAAUCCAUGCAGCUGCUGGGGAUUCACAAAAGGACUUUGCUAAACAGAACCGUAUUCCGGACACAGAUCGAGACACAGAGUACAUACCAUCCACCAAGAAAGCUAAGAAAAUACCAAAGUCACCUCCAAGCAUCACACUCCCAAUACCUUCAGUGGGAGGGAGUCAUUCUCAGUGUGCUGUUUGCAAGCGUCGUGGCCCAAAGCUAGUCGUCGUACCUAAAAAUGCUAGAUAUAACCUGUUUUUGGAAAAACUUAUUGUAUUGCCCAUUGGAGCUAGAUGUUGCCCAGGUCAUCUAUCCGAAAAUCUUUUCCACGCUCAUGCAGCAGAACAGAUUUUCCAGUCUCGAACCACAUCUGAUUUUAAUCGCUCAGAUCUAAUGGAACUUAUAACAGAGAUUCGAGAAAUUGCUUUAAGGGGAAGUGAAAAACGCAUCGAUUUUGACAGUGUAAAGUCUUUAUCAGAUUCAGACAUCUUAACUUUGACUGGGAUAACAAAAAAGAACUUAGAUGAACUUUGUUCAGAAGUUGGAGGAAGUCUGAGAGAUUCGAGUACACGCAGUGUCUGCACAUGUAUUGGCAUAUUUCUCACUAAACUAAAGACAGGAAUGCCAAAUAAAAUUCUCUGCACAUUAUUCAAUUUAGGCAGAGACUCAAUCCGUCGUGCCAUUGCAUCAGGGCGGAAAUAUCUUUCACAACAUUUUGUGCCAUCACAUCUGGGUUUUGGGCAUAUAAGCAGAGAAGAUAUUAUAUCAUCGCAUACAAGACCAAUAGCGCAAUCAUUAUUUGGAGAAGGCAAGUUUCCAGCCAUAUUAGUAGCUGACGGAACUUACAUCUACAUACAGAAGAGUUGA